ACCACGGCACCCAGCUCUCUAAACUCUUUGGAAAAUUAAUCAAGAUGGCUACCCAGAAGGCAUCUUCUGGCUCUGGAAAGAAGAAGGACUCCUACUACUACUCCAAAUAGGACGAAGUUGUGUCUAUCAACAGCUAUGCUCUGUUUAUGGGGUACCUGUCCACGGCCGUCAGGGGGUUUAAUUUCUCUUUUUGGCUGCUUCGUCUCCAUGCUGCAGCAGAAGGACUUCUGGUGUCUCACCAUUAUUACCCUCGUCCAAACAGCUGGCGUUACAGAUAUACUGCCAGUCAGCCCUCUAAACACCUUGGGAAAUAGAGAUGGCUACCCAGAAGGCCUCUUCGGUCUCAGGGAAGAAGAAGGACUCCUCUUACGACUCCAAAUGGGAGGAAGUGGUCUGUAUCAACAGCUAUGCUCUGUUCAUGGGGUACCUGUCCAUGGCCGUCAGGGGGGUGGGCGUUCUCGUGCUUACAUGGUCCACCGUCGUUCUCCUCGGCGGCUUCGUCUCCAUGCUGCAGAAGAAAGACUUCUGGUCUCUCACCAUUAUUACCCUCGUCCAAACAGCUGGGGUCUUCGAUGUAUCUCUGAACGAGAAGUUGAAAUAUAUCAGGAAAUCAUACUUGGGCUUCCUGAGUGCUAUAUAUGCCACGGUCGUCAUCAGAAAAAACAGGGUCUGGCACAUCAGAAGAAAAAGGAGAAUUGCUGAUAACAACGACCCCUCCUUGCCACGCCUACUGCUUGCUGUUGUGGUGUUGUUUGUUCAACAGUUUGUGUUCGCCGUUAUACUGUGCCCUCUAGCAGCUCUCUACUUGUGUGGGCUGGUGAUCACGGGCGGGAUUUCGCUGUGGCGCCUUAUCCAGCGAGAUUAUGGCAAGGUGGAUGGGGAUGUAAACCUCCAGCCUGCACUGAAUGUCUUGUACUCACUGGCUCUGUUCCAGGGUGUGCUCUUUUGUUACAGGUUUUUCUCAUAUUCUGCGGGAGAUGGACUAGUCAGUAAAGUGGCUGAAGAGUACCAGUUGGGGAAAACGGCACGGAAAUCGGUUAAGGAGUACCUGCGCCAGACCAGAAAUGGGUGUGCCAAGGACCCGUCCUUCGUCAAGGAAAGGAACCUGGUCACGUACGCUGUGGGAAUGAUGAAGUGUGAAUCAUCUGGCAGCUUCCUUUCUGGGGCAAGGAUUCUAGAUGCGCUCUUGACGCAGCCAAAUCUUGAGGAGCAGCACUCGAUGAUUGCUCAGUUGAUUGGAUCGGCGUCAUCUAGCAACAUAGUGGAGAAACUGCUGCGGGCGCUCGAUUCGAGGAGCCGGCGAGACAAAGAGAUCACGGAGCUCGCCGCCAGGAUAGUGGCACACCUUGCCAGCGAGAUCCGUCUGAAGCAGUUCCCUCAAGGGAUCCCAUGCAUAUCUUCACUGCUUGAGACCUCUCAGCGACAAGAUGAUGAUGAUAGCGUGCCUUCAGGUGAAUUUAAGGUGCUGAUGGUGCAAGGCCUUGUGAUCCUAGAUGGGCUUGCAGCUGAUAAGCACAACUGCACAGCCAUAUGUGAAGCUCAGAGCCUUCUCUCCAAGGUCAUGGCGCCCAUAAGCUCCGAUCUGCUCCACCUCAUUGAUCAUGGCGAAUGGUCCAACAUUGUUGCAGCAUCACUGCAAGUCAUGUCCCGGCUUGUGACCACUCCCGGAAGUAGUGACAAUGAGCUGCAUAGUCAAAUGUUGAAAAAUACGGACGUGAUCAGUAGCAUGGAGAAGAUUCUGGAGUGUGAAAUAUGUGAUGACAAGCUGAAAAUACUAGCCAUAAAGAUUCUCACAAAACUACCAAUGAAUGCAGCUUCGAGUGUGGGCAACGAAAGCGGAGUAAAAUUCAUCAAGGCGCUGGCAAAGAUCUUCACCUCUGAUACCAAAGAUAGCUCCGUCAGAAAAUUGGCAGGCGAAGCACUGGCAAUGCUAAGCGAAAGCAAUGCUACCAUCUUCUUGAAGGAAAAUGGUAGUGUUGUCGAUGAUCUCAGAAUAAUGCUGUCAUGUUAUGGGAACAACUCAUACAGAAUAAGUGCAGCUGAAACCCUCAAGCAUCUUUGUAUGUAUUACAAAGAAAAUGAUGACUAUUUCAGAAAACUCAUGGGAGCCAUGAAAGAUGUGACACUAGAGGUUCUCACAGAAAUACUUCCUCGUGGGUCGACUGUGAAGGAAGUACAAGCAGGGAAUGAAAUAGAUAAAGACAAGUAUCAGGCACCAGGAGCUGACUUAGAAGAUGGUCAUGACGGUUCUGUUGAUUCAGAAAAUAAUUGCCUGAACAAAAUAACUUCCUCCGUUCAGCAAAAGGAUGAGAAACCUGACGAACGGAAAUUGCAUGCAGCUUUGUUAUCUCUUAGUGCAGCAAUAUUCGACAAAUUAAUCAGUGAAGGUCACGAUUUGGCUCCACUGGUUGAUGCAAUUGCCUCAGGAGAUGCUGCAUUUAGCUUCGCCUGGAAGCUCAAGGAGAUGGUUGAAAUAAACAGUAAGCCCACGGCUAAUUGUCUGAUAAUAAUGAAGAUUAUCAGCAAGAUGGUUAUGUCAAUGAUGAAGCAAAGGGCCUGGAGCGUCAAAGAAGAUCUGGAGAGCUUGGACAGCUUGAUGCUAUCUCUGUCCAGUGCUUCGAAGAAUAUGUUAGCUCUCGAGGGUUUCAUGAUUUUCGCUAGCGCUGAUGGUCAUGCAAUGAAGUAUUUCGGCACUUUCUCUUCCCUAGUGAAUGAAGCACAGAAACUUCUGGAGAAAAUUAAGAUGGAACGUCAGUUGGCAACUGUACCAGCCUUUUGUGACAAUGAAAACCAGGAGAUCGAGUAGGCUAUAUAUCUACUCAGCUGCAGACUGCAGUAUUUGUACUAUGUGCAUCCUCGAUGUAUCAUUCAUUCCUUGCCUGUUGUGACUUGUGAGAAAAGUCGUAUUCAUAAUUUUCUUUCUAUUACUGUGUGGAUUUGUUA